AUGGAGAAGAAGAGAACUUGUGUGAAAUCUGUUGAACAACAACAAGCAGAACCUGAGUUUGAGUUUUACUUACCCGAAGAGUGCUGGGAGCAUGUCUUGACAUUCCUCAUCAAUCCGGUCAAUCCGUUCGAGCAGUUCGAUUUCACUAAGCCGGCCAACCCGUUCCAUGUCUUCCCAUUCACCACUGACUCCGUCGACGGCCAAAUCAAAGACAAUUUUGAAUCUCUAUCUCUCGUCUCAAAACACUUCCUCGCCAUCACCAACCGCCUCAUAUUCUGUAUCAGAAUUAAUCAUCUGCACCUUUGUCAUCUCUCUAGUUUCUUCCAUAGAUUCUCCAACCUUAAUUCCCUUCACCUCUCCUUUGACUCCUCCCAUGAUCUCGACUAUGCAGCCAUUGCUUUGGCUCUCCGUCACAGAGCAACAUUGAAGUCUUUAUCUAUUUUUGGGAUUGACCUAACGGAUGCAAACUAUAUUACUUCCCAUUACAUUGAUUCCUUCCUGAGUUUUAAGGGUUUGAAUUCUCUUAAGUUUGAGUCUUCUCAAAUAUCUGAUUAUUUGCUUUCCUCUAUUGCAACAGAAGCUCUUCCUUUCAAGAAUUUUGUUCUUCAAAAUUGUACCGGCUAUAGUUUCCAAGGAAUUUAUAGUUUCUUAUCUAAGUGUAGUGGGAUAAAACAUUUGGGUAUUCAAGGUGAUGAUUUUCUAACUAAUCAUCAUGUUUUUCGGUUGUCUUUGCUUCUUCCUGAUUUGACAUCGGUAAACCUUAGUAAAUGUUCCAAGCUCACACAAUCAGCUUUGUUUGCACUCGUUAAGAACUGUCGUUCACUUGGUGAGAUCACAAUGAGAUGCAUAUAUAUGGAUGAUUUCGAUGAUUCCGAGAGUGUAGAAAAUUAUGAUAUUUUUAAAGAUUUUGAUGUGAACCCUCAAUUCAAGUUUCUAGAUUUGGGUAACAAUUACUUUAUUGACGACGAGACCAUUAUAUUGUUUGCUUCCGUUUUCCCCAAUUUACAACUUCUCGAUUUAAGUUACUGCCCUAACAUAUUUAUAAAAGGUAUUUGUCAAGUUUUAAUUAGAUGUUGUAAGCUUAGACAUUUGGAUUUGACCCACAAUUAUAAUAUGAGAGAACUUAAAAUGAACUUUGUAGUUCGCCAGCUAGAGGAGUUGCACUUAAGUGAUACAGAUGUUGAUGAUAAAACACUCUAUGAGAUCUCAAAGAGUUGUUGUGGGCUUUUGCAUCUAUAUUUUGAUGGGUGUGAAUAUGUCACAAAAAAGGGAGUGAUGAGCGUGAUUGAAAACUGCACACAAUUGGAGACAAUCGAUUUGUCAGGGUGUGAUAAGGUGAAUGUUGAUGUUGUUGUCUCAAUGAUUUCAUCAAGGCGAUCUUUCGAAAAUUAUGGUGGUUCUUUUUUUUUUUGA